CGGGGGCGCGCCUCGGGGUGCCGUCGGGGCGGCGGGCGCUGUCUCCGGGCGGCCGCGUGGGCGGCGGGGAGGUGGAGCCCGGAGCCAGAUCUGAUGUCGGGGACCAUGCCUGGGAGCUGAGUCAAGCCGGGGCGCGGAGCAGCCGGCCGUGGUUAAUGAUUUACCGCCGACCCCCGGCCGCCGCGGCCCAGAGGGAGCUCCCGGAGGAGGCCGCGCUGGGCGGGCGAGUGCGGGCGGCGGAGGGACCGGGGGCUGCAGGCCGGGCGCCGGGCCCCAGCAGGAGGACGGGCGGGCGCGCUGGGGGCUGCGGGCCCAGAUCAGCACCGCCUUCCUCUCCAAACUCCACCCCCAGGCGCCCGGAGCCGCUCCAGGAAGUUCCCUGAGAGCACCUGAACUAAGUUACCUUCCCAGGUCAGCGGGCGCCGGCGCCGCCGAGCGCGGCCAGGGACCGGGUCCGCGGAGAGCAGGGACCUGGACACGGUCUCCCAUCCCUUCCCGAUGGCUCCCCCCGGCGGCCCUCCCGGCGACGACUGCUCCCACAUCAUCGAUCACAGCCACGUCCCCGAGUUCGAGGUGGCCCUCUGGAUCAAAAUCACCCUCAUCCUGGUGAACCUGCUCAUCUGCGCGCUGGGCCUCCUGGGCAACAGCGUCACCAUCCGCGCCACGCAGCUGCUGCAGCGGAAGGGCUACCUGCAGAAGGCGGUCACGGACCACAUGGUGAGCCUGGCCUGCUCCGACAUCCUGGUCUUCGUGGUGGGCAUGCCCAUGGAGUUCUACAGCAUCAUCUGGAACCCGCUCACCACGCCGGGCCACGCGCUGUCCUGCAAGCUGCACAACUUCCUCUUCGAGGCCUGCAGCUACGCCACGCUGCUGCACGUGCUCACGCUCAGCUUCGAGCGCUACGUGGCCAUCUGCCACCCCUUCCGCUACAAGGCCGUGUCCGGGCCCUGCCAGGUGAAGCUGCUGAUCGCCUUCGUCUGGGUCACCUCGGCCCUGGUGGCCCUGCCCCUGCUCUUCGCCAUGGGCGUGGAGUACCCGCUGGCGCCCGGGCACAGCCACCCCCGCAGCGGCCUCGCCUGCAACCGCACGCUCACCCGCCACCACGAGCGGCCCCAGGCCUCCAACAUGUCCAUCUGCACCAACCUCGCCGGCCGCUGGCCCGUGUUCCAGUCCAGCAUCUUCGGCGCCUUCGUGGUCUACCUCGUGGUGCUGGUGGCUGUGGCCUUCAUGUGCUGGAACAUGAUGCAGGUGCUGCGGGGGAGCAAGCAGGGCACACUGGCCGCCAGGGGGCAGCAGGCGGAGCUGCGCAAGUCUGAGAGCGAGGAGAGCAGGGCGGCCCGCAGGCAGACCAUCCUCUUCCUGAGGCUGAUCGUGUUGACCUUGGCCAUCUGCUGGAUGCCCAACCAGAUCCGGAGAAUCAUGGCCGCGUCCCGGCCCAAGCACGACUGGACGCGCGCCUACUUCCAGGCGUACAUGACCCUGCUGCCCUUCUCGGACACCUUCUUCUACCUGAGCUCCGUCAUCAACCCGCUGCUCUACAACGUGUCCUCGCGCCAGUUCCGCGCCGUCUUCUGGCAGGUGCUGCGCUGCCGCCUGACGCUGCUGCACGCCAACCAGGAGCGGCGCCUGCGGGGCCUGGCCGCCUCCGCCUCGGCUUCCCCGGGGGACAGCGCCCGCUCCCGCCGCCCGCUGCUCCGCCUGGCCUCCCGCCGCAGCUCCUCCUCCUCCACCAGGACGUCCCCCAAGGUUUUCCUGAGCACCUUCCAGAGCGAGGCCGGAGCUGGAGCCAAGCCCCAGCCAUCGAGUCCCGAGUCCCCGGAGCCCGGGUCGGAGACGGCCCCGGCCAGCGCUGCCGCAGAGAACGGUGUUCAGGAGCACGAAGUGUGAUGGUCACCUUGGAGAGCCUGGGGUGCUAGCCUGCCCUGCGGGUGACAGCCACAUCUCCCGCACUCGGCUGUGACACCACACCUGCUCCCGCACCACCAGGCACAGGAGCCAGAGCCAGGGGCCUCGGGCAGGCAGAUGUCCACUUCGGUCUCCACCUCUGCAGCCUUGUCGCUGGUUACAGACGGGGACUGUGCCAUCCCCUCCCUUCUCCUAAGCACACGCUGAAGAUUCAGUCCGGCUGGAUUGAUUCAGAGCUUACAAGAAUGUUUCACACGGAGCUCUUCCAUUAGUUGCAAAGGGACGAAAAGAACAAAAACGAAGGCUCCCUACCCAGAAUCAAAGCAUGCCCGGAGAGCUCAUGGACCGGGGAGCGAGCUGGAGCCAAGGAGGAUGCAGGCGGGCAGGCGUCUCCCUCAGCAGUGCGCCAGGAGGAGGCCGGCUGUGAGGAGCAGGAGGGUGGCGGGCAGCCCUGGCCGGAGGGCGGGGGCCAAGCUGCUCCUCUUCUUGGGCCGCGGCCCGUUGCACAGGGGGGUGUUACAGCAGCUGAUGCACACCGAGUUCAGUUUCCCGGGGGAGCAGAAGGACUGGUACCCGGCCGAGGCGAUGAGGCAGGCUGCGGAGGAGGCACACGACUUGCGGUACAUGAUCCCUGCAACAGGCCCAAAGGAGCGGCGUUAACCUGUGCUGGACAACACCCCGUUCCCCGUGUGUCCUUCCGCCCCCUCCCGGCCCAGAGCCUGGGUGGGGCAGGAGGUGCUUUGAGUUGUGUUGCUGAGACCUCCCCAAUACGGGAGGUGCGCCGGGAAGAAGGCAGUCCCAUUGCACCUCUUUGGACAGAAUGGUUCCAAAAGCGAUCUGAGGUGCAGGGCCACUGAAUAAAGAGCUGUCAAACCAAAGCCCACUUUUUUUUUAAAGUCUGAAUUCAUACCAUGUACUAGACACAGAGCGUUUUACCUUGUUGCUGUUUAAACUGUUUCAUGCUAGAGGGCCACCGGCUGUUUAUCUAGAUCUCACUUCUGUUAUCACUGCAGACACCGAGAGAUGGCUCUCCACUGUGUGUUUAUUAAGUCAUGGAGUGUUCUCAAUAAAGACCAGGUCCC